GCCCGUCCGCCAGCCAUGGACGCGAUGCGGAAGCAGCUGGACGUGCUCAUGGGGGCCAACCGCAACGGCGACGUGCGGGAGGUCAACCGCAAGUACUUCGACCGCGACGUCUGCCGCCUCUUCCUCGCCGGCCUCUGCCCGCACGACCUCUUCCAGCUCACGAAAAUGGAUCUCGGACCUUGCCCCAAGGUCCACUCGCUUCAGCUGCGGAAAGAUUAUGAGGAAGUAAAAGCAAAGGGGUCGGAGAACUUCGACAGGGAGCUCGAGGAUAUGAUCGAUCGGCUCAUCGUGGAGUGCGAGAGGAAAAUUCAGAGGGCCCUCAAGCGUCUCGCUGACGAGGAUGCCAAGGCCGCUAUCGCAAUAUCGGUGUCCGAGGUUACUCUGGAUGAAGAGGUUUUGCGGUUGUCAAAGGAAAUCAAGGAGAAAAUGAAAGAAGUUGAUACCUUCGAUUUUGAAGGGAAAACUGAUGAUAAAAUCAAGGCCAUGGAAGUGGUGGAGGAGUUAAGAUCUAAAAGGGCUGAUAUGCAGGCUACCCUCUUGCUUGAUGCCUUUAACAAGGACCGUGCUUCAAUACCUCCAUCCGCUCCAGCUCAAAUAGCACCACUGCCACCACCUCCUCCUCCUGAUGCUCGUACCCAAGAACUGAUCAAUGAAAAGCUAAGCAAAGCUGAAGCCCUAGGUGAACAAGGGAUGGUAGAUGAAGCACAAAAAGUUUUAGAAGAAGCAGAAGCUCUAAAAAAGUUGGCGGCAUCACGGCAGGAGCCGGCUUCCGAUCCUUCUAAAUACACCGUUGCUGAUGUUCGAAUUACUGAUCAAAAGUUGCGCCUCUGUGAUAUAUGUGGAGCAUUUCUGAGUGUCUAUGACAAUGAUCGACGUCUUGCGGACCAUUUUGGAGGGAAGCUACACUUGGGCUAUAUGCUGAUUCGUGAGAAACUGAAAGAACUCCAGGUGAUGAUUGUAAUGUCCCAUUUUCUGCUUUAAAGAGUUACUCUGUUUUGGGCCUUUUGGCAUCUGUGAGUUUUCUUAUCUCAAGGAAGAGCCUCCAGGUUCUUGCCUUCUCUAUAUGCUAUUUUAUCUCACAUUGGAGGGCGCCAUGGUUGUUACGAUAGUCAUUACAGGAAUUAGUCAGUGUUGCAUAAGUGGAAUCUCAUGUGACAACCAUCCUCCUUCCCAUGGCAACAACAGCUGCCACUGUAUAUUGACAAAUGUAAGCAUAGGAGUGAGCAGACCAUGGUAUGGCGAAUCAUGUUUACUUAAUUGUGUCAACUUCCUCACAUAUACUCAGCUUAGUAUUAUGUUGAUCAGAAGCUGGAGCUUGCUUUCUGCUUGGUGAUCCAUAUUUUGUAGAGCUGGUGAUAAAUAGUACCGGUUAAGUUACUCUGAAAGUGCACCAUUUGCCAUCUUUACCUGUAAGUUACAACUUGUUCAUAUGCCGCCUGCUCCAUGAAUAUGUAAGUUGUCAUUGCUGAACUAAUCUCAACUGUAAUGUAUCCUCGCCUUUCAUUUUGACGCUUCUCUUCGUUUUUUUACCGUCUUUUGAAUUGAAGUCUC